CUCCAUGUGCUUCUUCUCUUUCGUCUUCUCUUUCAUUCCAUGUGAAGCAAGCAUCUCACAAACCCAGAGACUGCCAUCAAGGGUCCAAAUCUACCUGCCACUGGACUAAGAUUUUGAAUUGACUGUCAUUUCUCCUUCGGAUAUGGACCCCCGUACUCGUAUCGAUCACGCACUUUUUCAGCUCACCCCAACUCGCACCAGAUGUGACCUCGUGGUCUAUGCUGGAGGUGUGAACGAGAGUGUAGCUUCAGGACUCUUACAACCGUUUCUGGCGCAUCUCAAGACGGCUAAGGAUCAGAUUUCGAAAGGUGGGUAUUCUAUCAUUCUUCGUCCUUCAGUUGCUCACGCUCCCUGGUUCACCAAAGCCACCCUCCAGAGGUUUGUGAGAUUCGUAAGCUCGCCAGAAGUCUUGGAAAGGCUUGUGACAAUCGAGAAAGAGAUUGCGCAGAUUGAAAGUUCCAUUCAAUCAAGUGAGAACAGCAGUGUGGGAGCAGAGGCAGAAGAUUGGAACUCCAAAAGGUCAAAUACGAUCUCCAAGCUGAAAGAUGAACUUAACGGAACCAAUCAAGCUGAAUGCGAAGAAAAUUCCAGGGUUCGCCUUCAACGUGUUCUGGAUAAUCGUAAAGCAAUGCUUCGCAAAGAGCAAGCGAUGGCAUAUGCUCGUGCUUUAGUUGCAGGAUUUGACCUGGACUCCAUAGAUGAUCUUAUAUGCUUUGCUGAUGCUUUUGGAGCAUCUCGUUUAAGGGAAGCGUGCAUUAAUUUCCUAGAACUCUGCAAGCAGAAGAAUGAAGAUAGGCUCUGGAUUGAUGAGAUAGCAGCAAUGCAGGCACACUCUCAUCCAGAAUUGCCAUACUUGAGAACAUCAGGAAUUAUACUUGCUGGUGAAGAUAAUGAUGCUGUUGGGAAGCAAAAUGGCUUUGUUGAUGCAUCAUUCUCUGAGUCAACCCCAAGCCAUGCUAGUUUGGACAUUAAUCAAGACAAUGGCUUGCCAACGUCAGCUCAGACACCCUCAACAGGUGGAAGGGCUCAAAGGCCAAUGCCAUGGCCAAAUCAUCUUCCUCAGUACCACCAUUUUCAGGGUCCUUUAUUUCAACAAAUGCCACCUUAUCAAGGCUACCUCUAUCCUGGUAUGCAGGCUCCCUCCUCAUAUUUUCCAGGAAAUAUGCACUGGCCUCCAAGCAUGGAAGAUUCUCGUGUUGUCAUUGACCAAGAGCUGGAUGAUCGCUGGAGUCGUAAAGAAUCUACUAAAAAGAAGAAACAUUCCCAAAAACAGGAGAAUUCUGAAGAAGAUGAAUCAACUGCGUCUGACAACUCUAGUAAUGAGAGUGAUUCAGAGGAACGAUCUAAAAGUGGAAAAAAGAAACAUGGAAAGAAGUCCUCAAGGAAGGUUGUUAUCCGCAAUAUUAAUUAUAUAACCUCUAACGGAGAUGGUGAAAAGGGUAGUAUCUCAGAGGCGAGUUUGUCAGAUGAUGAAGAAUACGUCAAUGGGGAUUCCUUAAAGCAUCAGGUAGAGGAAGCUCUGGAUUCAUUGGAGAGAAGACACAAGUCAACCUCCCGCCAUCACAAUAAAAGAGAUAGGAAAAAACUUCCUGGCAGGCAAAACGGUAGUGCUGCUGGUCAGGAAACUAAAGCAGUAACCAAAGACAAUGACAACUGGUGUGCUUUCCAGAGUCUUCUUUUGAGAGAAGAGGAGCCUACAUCAGGUGCAGAACAGCAUCCUGUACGGUUUGAGGAUGAAUAUGCUGGGAAUAAAAAUAUUGAGCACGAAAGGUCAUCUGCAUUCAAUCUAAAAUCUGACAAGGUAAUGAAAGCAGUUUCAAGUGAUUCCUUUAUUGUGAAUGGUAGUAAAUUUGACAGUGGGGAUCAAGCUUGUAUUGAAUACUAUAAGGAAGGCAAUGAUGGAUUCCCAGUUGUGAGGAAAAUAAAUAGCACAGAUGAAGAGUUUAUGCUUUCAAAGAGAAAUGAAGAACCAGGGAACUAUUCUUCUGCUGUUCUACCUGGCUCUGGCAUAGAAUCUUCCAUCACUAAACGCCAUAAAGAAGAGGAUUGGUUUAUUGUCAACCAAUCAGGUAAACCAGCAAAUGAAGACAGAAGCAAAGAUUUUAGUGUUUUCAAUGGGGAUUCCAUUUCAUCAUCAGCUACUGGUGGUUCUCAUGCUGAAAAGAACAACAAAGGUGUGCUGGCCGAUGACUCUUUUAUGAUCCAAUCUUGUUCAUCAGAAAACCAGUUCAGUUCCCUUUCAGCAGCACAAAUAAGCUUGGAUUCAGACAUUGUUUCGACUGAAUUUGCAAACAGCAGGCAAGAAAGUUUGCAGAAUAGGAAUGAAAAACUAAAUUUCCAUGAGCCAAAUGAUCUUUUCAUGGUGCUUGAUCGUGAAACAGCUGUGGAGCGGAGUGUAGCGCCUUGGACUGUGGAAAUGGAUUAUGAAAAUAUUUCUUCAAAAGAACGAAAUUCCAAGCCUUCGAAUGUUGGAACAGAUGAAAAGGAGCUGUGUAGUACUAAGGGUACAGGCACCAAAACUGCUGGAGUUCGAACAGCCAAAGUUUCAAGUAAAGAGACCAAAUCUAAAGCCCAAAAUGGAUCACUUGGGAAGAGCAGAUCCGAUAUCACACCAAGAAGUAAAGCAUCCCCGGGAACCAGAACCGCAGUAGUGAAGAGCAAAUAUAAUAAGGAAGAAGAAAAUAGAAAGAGAAUGGAGGAGCUAAUGAUUCAGCGCCAGAGAAGAAUUGCUGAAAGAAGCUCUAAGACGGGAACAGGAAAUAAGACCUCCUUAACUUCAGUAAAGAAUGAGAAGCCUAAGACUCGUCCAUCUGCAGAGGACACUAAAAAAUUGCAGAAGCCAGUCCUCAGGAAUUCGACUAUUGAGCGCCUUGCCACUGCUCGGGUAAGUCAGAAGCCGUCACCAACUCGGGCAAAAUCAGGUACAACGAAGAAACUUCCCUCGAAGGCAAAUGGGCUUCCUCCAAAAAGGACUGCUGGUACAGAAAAGAAGAAACUGGGUCCCAAAGAAGUCAAAUCCUCAAAUCACAAAGAUGACAAAAAGAAACUCAAUGGAGCACUUCCUUCUGACACUAUUGCUAAGACUCCACAUGACAUGGGAGGCGAAGUAGUGUUGCCAUUGAACCAUAAUGAUACCUGCUCUGUUGAACCAGAUGAUAUCAAUGUUGGAUUGAAAGACAUUAAAGAGGUGCCCAGGACUUCUACAGAGAAAAAUGCAGGACAUUCGAUUUCAGAAAAAGAUUCCAUGCUUGAAAAUGUUGGCCAACUUGACACAAGCUCUGUGCCAAAUCAAGGUCGCAUGUUUGGAAGAAAUCAAUCUAAAGGUGAAGUGCUGGACAAGUUAUCUUCAGCUCCUAAAGAAGACAAACCAGAACAUACUACUGAUGUGAUCAUAAAUCCUAAAGCAGCAUCACCUAACAAUGCUCUAACCCCUCCAAAGUCUGCUGUGGAUUCCAAGGUCUAUCAUGAAUCACAUGAAAAUUCUCCUGCCCCACCUAAAAAAUCUGAGAUAGAAAUUUCCACCCCUCCACCUAGUGGUGGCUUGACGUCAGAACCAAUCCAUUCCCGGAAGAAAUGGAACAGUGUUGAGGAUUCGUCUAAAGCAGCAAAAGGGUUUCGUAAGCUUCUAUUCUUUGGAAGAAAAAGUUGAGAUACCUCUGUAGAUUGAUCCUGUGAAAAUUGGAUUAUGACAAGCAACUGAAGAGUUCUGAUUACUUAGAAGUCCCCGUGACUUUUUUUUUUGGUUAUUGAAGAUUGUAGGUCUUUCACUGCUUGCCAAACAUCACAAUAAGCGGUCAUAUGCAGGGAUUUGUUUGUAAUGUAACUUAAUAUGAAGAAAAGGGUUGCAUAUGUAAUAGUUAAUUUGUAUGUGGGCUGAUUCUGUUUUGUGAAUACCAUAAUUUUUCAAUUUUCGAUGUUUGGGAUUGUUGUGUAAUGAAGCUUCAAUGUGUGUAUUCAGGAACAUUUGUGUGAUAAUCCAUCAAAAUAUGAAAUAAAAUUUUAUACCUCAAAUUCAUGUUAUUG